GAUUGAUUGAUUGAUUGCACAAAAUAAAGGGUCACUGUUGGUAGGCACAAGAUGGAGAAGACUCAGCACACAGUCUCGGAAAAAGAGAAACGAAGGAUGGAAAGGCCAUGGAGGUAUCUGCCAUUGUUACAGAGACUCGGUUUACCCAGCCGUACAGGGAGUAUCUGGAGAGGCAGCAGCUCCUAGAUAAGAGGCACCGGGUGAAGAAGUUGCCGGGGGACACCGUGGCGUUGCCUGUGGUUGGGGAGACCUUCACCGAGCAGCAUCUACAAGAGCUGAAGAUGCACGUGGCUCCGGAGAGCACCUGCUUGCUGGCCCGGAUCCAGAACCCUGUUCUCUCAAAGAGGGCUCAACUCUGCUCGCCCGCCCAGAAGCUGCGAUGGGCGGUUCGGUGCUUGGUGGAGGGCAGGGGAGUCCCCUGGUCCGCCGGUCUGGAGCGAGACCUGCCCCGUUCUUGGCAGCGACACGGCGAUCUGCUGCUGGUGAGCGAGGACUGCUUCCGAGCCCCGCUUUGGGAGGAGCUGGGUCCGGAGCUCUGGGAGACGGUGGCUUCUGCUUUGGGGGUCCGGCGUGUAGCGAAGCGAGGGCGCGUGGCCCCGGGCGGAACCCGAGCCCCCAGAGUGACGCUGCUGCUGGGGGACGAUGGCUGGGUGGAGCACGUGGACAAUGGAAUCAGGUAUACGUUCGAUGUAACCCAGUGCAUGUUCUGCCCCGGGAACGUCACGGAGAAGCUGCGGGUGGCAUCGUUGCCCUGCACGGGGGAAGUGCUGGUGGAUCUCUACGCAGGGAUCGGCUACUUCACCCUGCCGUUCCUGGUUCACGCCGGCGCGGCCUUCGUCCACGCCUGUGAGUGGAACCCGCACGCCGUGGCGGCUCUGAGGAGGAACCUGGAGCUGAACGGGGUGGCCGACCGCUGCCAGAUCCACCCCGGGGACAACAGGAAGCUGGACCUGGAGGACCGGGCCGACAGGGUGAACCUGGGGCUGAUCCCCAGCUGCCAGGAGGGCUGGCCCGUCGCCUGCCGGGCGCUGCGGCGGGACCGUGGGGGCGUCCUGCACAUCCACCACAACGUGGAGACGUUCCCGGCCCCCCAGCCCCUUGGCCCCGGGGCGGAGGGGCCCCCGCAGCCACCCCAGGGACUCCCCGCUGGGGGAGAGGAGCCCCGCUCUGCCGGGGAUCGCGGGAGAGAGGCCCCGGCGACGACGGCGGCCCCGAAGCCGGAAUGGCGGAGGUGGGCAGAGACCACAGAAGCCCAGAUUGGGAUCCUGCUGGAACAGCUGCACGGGAAGCCGUGGAGGACCCGGAUCCUCCACAUUGAGCCGGUGAAGUCCUACGCGCCCCACGUGGAUCACGUAGUCCUCGAUUUGGACUGCCGCCCCCUCCCCAGCUGAUGGCAGGGGGGCCGCGGCCAGGUGGAAGCGAGCUCACGGUUCGGGACCUCCCCUAGCAGAUGGCCUGACCCCACGAGCCCCUUCCCUCCUGACCACUUUUUAAAAAUAAAUGAGAGUAAUUUUCCUAAAGAAAUUAUCUUUCAA